AUGGGGGACUUCGCGAAGGAGCUGAAGCUGCCGCAGGGGGAGCUGCGGCAGCUGCUGCUGCACCAGCAGCAGCAGCAGCAGCAGCGGACAGCAGCAGCAAAGCUGAAUCUGCAGCAGCUGCGGCUGGAAGCAGAACUGAAGGACUGCCGCAGCCGCCUGGAAGCCGCAGUAGAAGCAGCAGCAGCAGCAAGAGCAGCGCAGCAGCAGCAGCAGCACCAGCAGACAGACUUCCUGACGCAGCAGCUAGCUGACUAUGAGCGGCAGCUAGCUGAGGCCGAGCAGCAGCAAGAGCAGCGGCAGCAGCAGCAGCAGCAGCAGCAGCAGCUGUUGCAGGAAGUGGAGAAGGAGCUGCAAGAGCUGCGGCAGCAGUCCGACCGGCUGCUGCGGGAAAAAACCGAAGCAGCAGCAGCUGCUGCUGCAGCGCAGCAGCAGCAGCAGCAGCAAUACUCCCAGGCUGUGCAUUUGCUGCGGCAGGCAGACGCUCUCGGCCUCGAGCUCCCGCUGCAGCGCGGGACUUGGAAGGAGGUGCAGCAGUUCAUCACCAACUUGGACCGGCAGCAGCAGCAGCAGCAGCAGCAGCAGCAGCAGCAACAGCAGCAGCAGCAGCAGCAACAGCAAGAGCAGUACGAGGCGUUGCGUUCCUUCUCAUUUGACUGGAACGCUAUUUCUCCGGAAAGGCAAAGGCUGGUGGAGAGACACAGGGGGGACCCUGGGCGGCUGAAGGGGGAGCAGCAGAGUUUGCGAGAGCAGCAGCAGCAGCUGCAGCAGCAGCUGCAGCAGCUGAACCCGAACUUCAAGGUUUCGCAGAAGCUGCGGGAGGUGGAGCAGCAGGUGCAGCAGCAGGAAGAAGUGCAGCAGCAGCAGCGGCAGGCAGCAGCAGCAGCAGAACAAAACCUCAAAGACUUGCGCAUGCGCCGCAAAGAAGCUUUCAUGAGUUGCUUCCUCCAUUGCCAAAAAGUAUUAACUCUCAUUUUCGCUCACUUGUCAGGAAAGGGCCCCAUGCAGCAGCAGCAGCAGCAGCAGCAGCAGCAGCAGCAGCAGGACGAGCAGCGGCAGCAGCAGCAGGACUUACUGAUGCUGGAAGACCAAGCAAGCGAGCACUGGCAGCAGCAGCAGCAGCAGCAGCAGCAGCAGCAGCAGCUGGAGCUGCUGGACACUGGGGGGGCGCAGGCCUUUUUGGACUUGGAGAGUUCCGCAGCUCUAGCCAGGGACGAAGAGCCCUUCAACUGCGGGGUUUCUCUAGUUUGCAAGUUUCCCACAAAACGCUUUAUGCAGUUUGCGCAGCUGAGCGGCGGAGAGCAGCACGUGGCAGCACUUUCGCUGGCCCUCGCCCUUUCUUCCUACAACCCCGUAAACCCCGAGGGUUUAGGACUCUUCACUGCAGCAGAUCUGCUCGUCGGAGUUGUGGGCGACGCGGCGCAGGCGGAGUCGCGGUGUUUCUUCUUCGACGUUCGGGUGUACAGACACCGCGAGCCCGCGUGCGCGGCGAACUGA